AUGACCAAAGGCGUCGUCCCGGUCCAAGUCGCUCCCGGCAGGGGGGUCCGCGGGGGCCCCUCAGGAGCCGCUGUAGCAUCUCUGCUUUUCGUCGUCACUAACGGCGACUCCUCCCGCAGCGGCGCCCUCCACUUCACCAUCGAGCAUGGCGACCGCAUCCCGCCGACCCUCCACCACAACGCGGGCCUCCGGCUGCAGGACGGCUCCACGGAAACCAUCACUGCGGAGCGGCUGCAGCUCACCGACCCCGACACCGCCGCCGCCAACCUGAGCUACGUCAUCACGCAGCCGCCACGUUACGGCAGACUGCUGCUGAGAGGAGCCCCGCUGUCACCGCCGCUGAGGUUCACGCAGACGGACGUGGACGAGCUGAACCUGGCGUACCGGCACAACCUGGGCAGCCCGGCGGACAUCGACAGGUUCUACUUCCUGCCGAGCGACGGGAACAACAGAGGAUACCUGGAGUUUGGACAGCUGAGGGCGGAGCCUGCUGUCUUCAACAUCCAGGUGGAUCGGGUGGACAGGACGCCUCCCAGUCUGACCACCAGGCGGAGUCCCAGCACCGUGGUGGAUCUGGGCGCCGGGCGUUACGGCAUCUUCAUCACCUCCAAACACCUGCAGGCCUCCGACCCCGACAGCAACACGGAGGAGCUCGAGUUCUCCAUCACCAGGCCGCCGCUCUUCGGCUACCUGGAGAACGCUCUCACAGGAGCUUACAUCAGAGGACGUUUCACCCAGCGGGACGUGGACCGCCGUGCCGUGGUGUUCGUGCUCCCGGCCGACGUGGAGGUGACGGCCGACAGCUUCCAGUUCCGCCUCACGGACCCGGCGGGAAACAGCCUGCUGCCCGAAAUACUCGAGCUGUCCUGGUCUCGGGUGGAGCUGUCGGCGACCUGCUACAGAACCUGUGAGACGGCGGGGACCCUUCAGAUCCAGAUCCAACGCAGCGGGAGGAGCGUCGACCCGGCGUACGUCGCCAUCCAGGUGGAGGAAGGAUCGGCCAAACCCGGCAGAGAUUUCACUCACAGCUCAGCCGGCCUGAUCCAGUUUGACCCAGGAGUCGGAGUGAAAACCUGGAACAUUUACCUGACAGACGACGGUCUGGAGGAAAACCACGAGACCUUCACUGUCACACUGAAGAAUCCCAAAAACGCUGUUCUGGGACAGAGGACGUCCGCUACGGUCGAGAUCGUCGACCCCAGAGGAGGAAGGUGCGAUCCAGACGACCUGAGGGUGGAGGACGAUGAGAAGCGGCUCCCACCUCCUCCUCCUCCUCCUCCUCCUCCUCCUCGCCUCCCUGACCCUCCCAGGCCGGAGGAGGACGAGGACCCCGUCACCGACAUCGAGGCGGAGCUGCUGUGGGAGAACCAGCCUCACCCGCCGCGAGGGGACGUCCCCAACCGCCGGCACUACCUGGACUACGCAGAGGGGGAACCACAGGACCAGGCGGCCCCCGGCAGCUACAGCCACGUCCGCCAGCACAGCAGGCUGCUGCCAGGGGCCGGCACCGGGAGCACCGGGAGCACCGGGAGCACCGGGAGCACUGGACACCGGGUCAGACAUGGAGGAUUAAAGGUCCAUCUGUCAGGAGAGAGGAGGGCUGAGGAGAGAGUGUGGACGUUCCACAGUCUGACUCCUCUCCGGCUGGAGGAGCUGAAGCCGGGUGAUGCCGGGUGGAGCUCGCCGCCUCACAGUCGCCUCCUGCAGGACUUUGCAGUCGGAGAUCCUCCUCAGAUGGAUCAUCCCGAACCCCGACAACACCCGGAGCUACGCCAGCGCAAGACGGGGAAGUCGGUGAGCAGCUCCUGUCCCGACGGCUGGACUCACUACAGGAGACGCUGUUACAUCGUGGGCUCGUCUGUGGCCAGCUGGGCCAGCGCCGAGAGGACCUGCUCGCUGCUCUUUAACAGCAGCCUGACCAGCGUGCGCUCCAGGAGAGACAUGACCUGGCUGUGGAAGUUUGCAGGGAGGAAGCCGUUUUGGAUCGGUCUGUCUGGAGGUCCGGGUCGCUGGAUGUGGGCUGACGGUCGCUCGGUGUCCUUCUCCCGGCUGAGGGGGGCGCCGCCGGGCCGCGGCGAGUCCAACGUUGGCUCGGACUGCGUGUUGGUCGAAAACCCCCGAAGCUGGAUCUCCACAAGUUGCUCCCCUGAAACCCAACACACAUUCAUCUGUUCGUCGCCGGCUCACACUCACUGAGAGACUCAUAUUUACCCGCCGCUGUCGUGACGAGCUCUGUGAACACCGAGUUAAGUCAUAUUUAAAGAUACGCACCGAUGCUGCUCUGUACAUUAGUUUUCAUAUUUUUGUCAUAAUAAAGAUCGCUGCACAUAUGGAAAUAUGAGUCGUAACUUUAGAUGAGGA